UCAGGCCGCCUCAUGACCCUCCUCUCCUUCACCAUCUUCACUGGCAUCAGAAGUUUCUGAUGGGAGAUGAUGACGAGAGCUGUUCGAGAUCACUUCCGAUGGGGAAGACUGCAGCAGAGAGGGGCUUGCCCGAGUGUUAUUUGAACCCAACUUCACACCAUGCCAGCUUAACUCCAGAAGUUGCCAAUGUACCCACCAUUGAUUUUGGUAAGCUCAAGAAGGGUUCUGAUGAAGAAGAACGAGCCACUGUAAUCCAAGAAAUUAGAACGGCAUGUCGUCAACUUGGAUUCUUUCAAAUUAUCAACCAUGGAAUUCCGCAAUCGGUGCUUGAUGGGGCGCUGGUUGUGGCUUCGGAGUUUUUCGAGUUGCCUGAUUCAGAGAAGGCAAAGUUCAUGUCUAAAGAUGUUCACAAAGCAGUGAGGUAUGAAACAAGCUUCAAACCCUGGAGGGUCUUCCUCAAACAUUAUGCUCACCCCUUGGAAAAUUGGAUCGAUUCUUGGCCAAACAAUCCACCCAGCUACAGGGAAACCAUGGGAGAGUACUGCAGAGAAGUAAUGGAACUGAGCUUGGAAGUAACAAGUGCCAUCACUGAGAGCCUAGGGAUAGGUCCCACUUACUUAAACAAGAAAAUGGAAAACGGAAUGCAAGUGAUUGCAGUCAAUGGGUACCCACCGUGCCCCAGGCCAGAAAUGACACUAGGGGCGCCGCCUCAUUCGGACCACAGCUGCUUCACCAUCAUGCUUCAGAGCUCCGCUGGACUGGAAAUCAUGGACAUUGGGGACGGAAAAUGGAAACUAAUUCCGGAACUUGAGACUGCUCUUCAAGUCCAUGUGGGUGACCAUUUUGAGGUACUAAGCAAUGGGUUGUACAAGAGUGUUGUGCACAGGGCGACACUGAACAGUGAAAGGACCAGAAUCUCAGUUGCUAGCUUCCACAGUUUGGGAAUUGAUGAGAAGAUGAAGACUGCUGAGGAGCUUGUGAGUGAAGAACAGCCUGCCAAGUACAGAGAAAGUAGCUUCAGAGAUUUUCUGAACUUUCUCUCAGGUAAUGAUAUAGCAGAAGGAAACACCUUUCUCGACUCACUCAAACUAGCAUAAAUAAAGAAAAUUCUACUAUUUAUAUACAAAUUUAGCUCUUUUGUUGUAAGGUAAUGUUAGGAGUUUGAUUCUAGAUCUUAGGUAGCUAGCUAGGAGUUUGAUUUAGGGCACAAGUAUUGACGUGUAAGCCUCACGAGCAGCUUCGGGAGUGUCCUAUUUCAUUUUCGGUUACAAGGGAGGCCAACACAGAAGAGAGAUCCAAACUCCAGCAUUCAUAUGCAGGGGUGUGAAUACUCGGUACUAGAGCCACAAGACCAAGGGAAGAACAUGUUACUGUUUUGCGGGAGGCCUCUUCUCACACCUCGGCUACUCAUCAAGGAGAUGGGGCCUCAAUAUCAGUUCAUAUUGGAACAUGCAAUUGACAAGUACAGUUGGAAAAAGAUUGUGGCAGCUACACAGGAGGAAGAGAAGUAGAAAAAAGAGGAGCAAAAGAAGUCUUUGAGAAUCUUUGCAAGACAAUGAAGGGGGACAUUUUGGGUGACAAGGUUGAGAAGGUGGUUGUAUCCGAUAAAAGUUUGGAUUGCCCUUGUGGCUUGGUGAGUGGUGAAUAUGGAGAGGAGUUGAAGGAUCAUGCAGGCAAGAAGACCAUAGAGAUCAACCCUGAUAAUGAUAUCAUGGAUAGUUGAGGGAGAUUGCUGAAACUGACAAAAACGACGAGUCCACCAAGGAACUUGUGCUGCUUCUGUUUGAGACAGCUCUGUUGACAUAUGGUUUCAGCAUUGAUGAGCCAAAAAAAAUUUACUUCCGAGAAUUCACAGGAUGUUGAUUGUUGAAGCUGGCAUGGGCAUAAUGGCGUAUAAAGAUGGCGACACUGCUUCGGAGGAUGAUGAGAGGGAGUACUGGAAGAGGUCGAUCGACUAAGCCUCAAAGCCUUUUGCAUUCCAUAAUCACAGUAUCUGAAACAAUCUGCAACAAAGGCUGGCUAUGUAUGGACUAUGGAGGCUGGUAUAUGUCUCGUAUACAAAGGCUGGUCUAUGUCUAAUAGACAAAGAACUUCAUGAUUUGGUUGUUUUCCUAUGUGCUAUAUUUUUGAUUUGAUAUAUGUAAUUAGCACCACAAUUAGUGAACGCUAUAUAUUUUCUUU